AUGGCGUUAAUGUUUACAGAACAUUGCUUAUUUUUAGUAUUAGUGAUGUUUGCUUUCUCUACUUUGGAGGAAUCUGUGAGCAAUUACUCUGACUGGGCAGUUUUCACAGAUGACAUAGAUCCAUUUAAGAUACAGAGAGUGCAAGAUGUCAGACCCAAUCAAAAACUGAAGAAGAGUAUGCUUCAUCCACGUUUGUAUUUUGAUGCUGGAGAGAUCCAAGCAAUGAGACAGAAGUCUCGCACAACCCAUUUGCACCUUUUUAGAGCAAUCAGAAGUGCGGUGACUGCUAUGCUGUCAAACCCGACAUACUACCUACCUCCACCCAAGCAUGCUGAUUUUGCUGCCAAGUGGAAUGAAAUCUAUGGUAACAAUCUGCCUCCUUUAGCCCUGUACUGUUUGCUGUGCCCGGAAGACAAAGUUGCCUUUGAAUUUGCCUUGGAAUACAUGGACAGGAUGGUAGGCUACAAAGACUGGCUGGUGGAGAAUGCACCAGGGGAUGAGGUUCCAGUUGGCCAUUCCCUAACAGGUUUUGCCACUGCCUUUGACUUUUUAUAUAACUUAUUAGAUGGUCGUCGGAGACAAAAAUACCUAGAAAAAAUAUGGGUUAUUACUGAGGAAAUGUAUGAGUAUUCUAAGGUCCGCUCUUGGGGCAAACAACUGCUUCACAACCACCAAGCUACUAACAUGAUAGCACUGCUGACCGGGGCUUUGGUGACUGGGGUAGAUAAAGGGACUAAGGUAAAUCUAUGGAAACAGGUUGUAGUAGAUGUGAUGGAAAAGACGAUGUUUCUGUUGAAUCACAUUGUCGAUGGCUCUUUGGAUGAAGGUGUGGCCUAUGGAAGCUACACAGCUAAAUCAGUCACACAGUAUGUUUUUCUGGCCCAGCGCCACUUUAAUAUCAACAACUUGGAUAACAACUGGUUAAAAAUGCACUUUUGGUUUUAUUAUGCCACCCUUUUGCCAGGCUUCCAAAGGACCGUGGGGAUAGCAGAUUCCAAUUAUAACUGGUUUUAUGGUCCUGAGAGCCAGUUAGUUUUUUUGGAUAAGUUUGUCUUAAAGAAUGGAGCUGGAAAUUGGUUAGCUCAGCAAAUCAGAAGGCACCGACCUAAAGAUGGACCCAUGGUCCCCUCCACUGCCCAGAGGUGGAGUACCCUUCACACUGAAUACAUCUGGUAUGACCCCCAGCUCACCCCACAGCCUCCUGCAGAAUAUGGCACUGCAAAAAUGCACCUGUUCCCUAACUGGGGUGUGGUCACUUAUGGGGCCGGGUUGCCAAAUACACAGACCAAUACUUUUGUAUCUUUUAAGUCUGGGAAGCUAGGAGGGCGUGCUGUGUAUGACAUAGUUCACUUCCAGCCAUACUCCUGGAUUGAUGGGUGGAGGAGCUUCAACCCUGGACAUGAACAUCCGGAUCAGAACUCAUUUACCUUUGCCCCCAACGGGCAGGUGUUUGUUUCCGAAGCUCUCUAUGGACCUAAGUUGAGCCACCUGAACAACGUACUGGUGUUUGCACCGUCACCCACGAGCCAGUGUAAUAAGCCCUGGGAAGGUCAGCUGGGAGAAUGUGCACAGUGGCUCAAGUGGACUGGCGAGGAGGUUGGUGAUGCAGCCGGGGAAAUCAUUACUGCCUCUCAGCACGGGGACAUGAUAUUUGUGAGUGGGGAAGCUGUGUCCGCUUACUCUUCAGCAAUGAAGCUGAAAAGCGUGUAUCGGGCUUUGCUUCUCUUAAACUCUCAGACUCUGCUAGUUGUCGAUCAUGUCGAGAAGCUAGAAGAUUCCCCAAUAAAAUCUGUCAGUGCCUUCUUCCAUAAUCUGGAUAUUGAUUUUAAGUACAUCCCAUAUAGGUUCACAAACAAGUAUAAUGGCGCCUUGAUGGACGUGUGGGAUGCUCACUACAAGAUGUUUUGGUUUGAUCAUCGUGGCAGUAGCCCCCUUGCUAGCAUACAGGAAGCAGAGCAAGCCGCUGAAUUUAAGAAACGGUGGACUCAGUUUGUCAAUGUUACGUUUCAGAUGGAAUCUGCAAUCACAAGAAUCGCAUACGUCUUCUAUGGGCCAUAUGUCAAUGUUUCCAGCUGCAGAUUUAUUGAUAAUACCAAGUCCGGACUUCAGCUUUCUCUCAAUGUCAAUAACACCGAGCAUGUUGUUUCGAUCGUGACUGACUACCAGAACUUGAAGACAAGGUUUGACUACCUGGGAUUUGGCGGCUUUGCCACUGUGGCUGAUCAGGCCCAAGUAACCCGCUUCGGUUUGGGCACUGAGGCAAUAGUAAAGCCCGUAAGACGUGAUAGAGUUAUUUUUCCUUUUGGAUUUAAAUUUAAUGUAGCAGUUGGGUUGAUUUUGUGCAUCGGCCUGGUGAUCUUAACUUUUCAGUGGCGGUUUUACCUUUCUUUUAGAAAGCUUAUGCGGUGGAUCCUCAUCCUUGUUAUUGCCUUGUGGUCCGUUGAGCUGCUGGACGUGUGGAGUGCUUGCACGCAGCCCAUCUGUGCCAAGUGGGCGAGGCCGGAGACCGAGGCGAGCGGGCAGGCACUGGCCCCGGGUGGCCAGCGCACAGACCUGCCGGACGUCGUCAUUACCUCACUUCCUGGUUCCGGAGCCGAGAUUCUCAAACAACUGUUCUUCAACAGUAGUGACUUCCUCUACAUCCGGGUCCCCACAGCCUACAUUGAUAUCCCAGAAACAGAAUUGGAAAUUGACUCCUUUGUGGACGCCUGUGAAUGGAGGGCGUCCGACGUCCACAGCGUGCGUUUCCGUUUACUCCGAGGCUGGUUGCAGUCCUUGGUCCGAGACACAAAACUCCAUUUGCAGAACAUCCAUCUGCAUGAACCCGGUAGGGGGAAACUGGCCCAGUAUUUUACCAUGAAUAAAGACAAGAAAAGGAAAUUGAAAAGGAGAGAGUCUCUGGCCGAACAAAGAAGCAGAAUGAAAGGCGCCUUUGACAGAGAUGCUGAAUACGUCCGGGCUCUGCGAAGACACCUGGUCCACUACCCCAGCGCGCGGCCGGUGCUCAGCCUGGGCAGCGGAAGCUGGACCUUAAAGCUGCAUUUCUUUCACGAGGUGUUGGGAGCCUCCAUGAAGGCCUUGUACGUGGUGAGGGACCCUCGGGCGUGGGUUUAUUCCAUGCUGUACAGUAGUAAACCUAGCCUUUACUCUUUGAAGAAUGUACAAGAGCACUUAGCUAAGCUGUUUAAAACAGAGGGAGGUGCAGGCCAUUGUACCUUGAACUCAGGCUAUGCUGUGGAGUAUGAAUUGCUGCGGAAGGAACUGUUGGCCUCCAGACCUCACCCAGUCUCGCUGCUGGCCCAUGCGUGGCUGGCAAACACGGCCGCUGCCCUGAGGAUAAAUGCAGACCUGCUGCCCACCAGCUACCAAUUGAUCAAGUUUGAAGAUCUUGUGCUUUUCCCUCAGAAUACCACGGAAAGGAUUUUUGCCUUCCUUGGAAUUCCUUUAUCUCCUGCUACUUUAAACCAAAUAUUGUUUGCCACCUCCACGAAUCUUUUCUAUCUUCCCUACGAAGGGGAGAUAUCACCCGCUAAUACUAACGUUUGGAAACGAAACUUGCCGAAGGAUGAAGUUAAACUGAUUGAGAACAUCUGCUGGACGCUGAUGGAUCGUCUAGGAUACCCAAAGUUUAUGGACUGAAUGCUGCAGGUCAGCAGAGAUUUGCACUAAUACUUUCCAACCCAAUUUGUGGAUAUGAAUUAGAAGUUUGUUUAUUCUUGUACUGUGUGUGUUUGUGUGUGUGUUUGUGAUCAAUUCGUUACAUGCAGAGAGAGAUUAUUUUAAAAAUAAGCACCGCAUUUGGCCUAGCAGGAUUUAUUUUUAUGUUACCACUUCCCUUGUCUUUGUCUCUGAAUUUUUUUCUGCUAAGAUGUUUCUGCCAUAGAGGUGUAUGAUGAAGUUAUAUUACCAUGGUCA